AUGGCCGAUUCAUCAACUCCAUCACAACCUCUAGCGCCGCCUUCGUCGCAACCACCACCUUCAUCCCAGAUCGGUUCACAAGAGCUUCCAUCAUCGUCAACACAGGCGACAGUACCAGGAGAGCCAUCGGGUGCUUCUGAAACCCCGGUUGUACCCAAACAGGAGCCAAAUACAACGGAUGUCGCAGCCCUUGACGCCUCCAUCGAGCAGGAUAUCGAUAUGAGCACCAGCGGCAUUACGAACGCUGCAGGCGCAAGCGAUGGAGAUAAUGCGAUAGGAAACCCUGUUCAAGAUGCGGUGCCUACGUCUGUCGACGCUAUAGCAGCGGCAGUGGCGCCAUCGAAGAAGGAGACGAGUUUGCGCGAGUUUCUGGGCAAGAUGGAUGAUUAUGCGCCUAUUAUCCCAGACGCGGUAACGGCUCACUAUCUUACCCUCGCCGGGCUACCACCCCCAGGAAACGGACCGAACCAAACUCCCCCGCAUCUGGCCCGACUCCUCGCUCUCGCAACACAGAAAUUCAUUGCUGAUAUCGCGGCCGACUCAUAUCAGUACGCGCGUAUCCGAGCCUCGAACAGUUCAUCCGCCAGCAACCCCAUGGGCAGUCUGAACGCCGCCUCGGGUCUAAACGUACCCGGCGGUGCUGGAGGAGCUGGCGCAGCAGGCGGCGCAGCGGGUGUUGGCGGCGGCGACGCAGGCAAAGMCAAAGCGAACACACAUCUAGGCAUUCAGCGUCCUGGUUUUGGCGGUGGUGGCUCCGGUGGCUCUGGGCAAGGCCGGACGGUGCUCACCAUGGAAGACCUGGGCAUGGCUGUUGCAGAGUAUGGUGUGAGCGUCAAGAGAGGGGAGUUUUACCGGUAG